UGUGGUUAAUGGUAGUUAACUAUGACAGAAAUUCUGCCACGUUUGUCUUCCAAAAUCUGAUUUUAACUUGGAAUAAUCUUGGAUAAAUCUUUCUUUUAUUUUUUUUUUAUCUUUCUUUUAUUUGGUAAAAUGAAAAAAGGAAUCAACUCCUGCUUGCAUUGUUUCAUUCCACACAACUUCCUCUCUAUAUACAUAUAAAUUCAGUUUUCUAAUUCCUUAUAAAUAGGACUGUGGAUUAGUUAUAUUUAUUGGUAAGGCUAGCUUACUCCUGAGAGCAUGUUUUAUUUCAUAAUUUUUCUAUAGCUAAAAUAUAGAUAAUUUUUUCAAAAAUGUAUUUUCUAUAACAAAAUGCUAUAUUUUUUAUUUGUAAAAAAAAUUGACUUCUAUAUUUUAAAAAAACAUCCAUCUAACAUAAAAUAUAUAAUAUUUAUCUAUUAUAUAAACAAAAUUUGGAAAAUAAUUCAGAUCUAUUUCAAAGUUUCUGAAUUAUACAAAAAAAUAGAAGUGGAUUUGAAUAUAUUUCAAAGUUUCUCAAAUCAUUUGAGAUGUUUUGAGAUAAGUUGGACUCAUAUUUGUUACCAAAUAAUUGUGUUGGCUUAGUCUUUAGGUUGCAACAUGCACAUCUGACAGUCCCAAUAUGAUAUCAGAGUUUGAAUCAUUUUAAAUCAUCUCCAAUCUAUUUUUAUAUUUUCUUAAAACUAUAUGUUUUUAAAAUAUAGAUGGAUCAUGAUAUAUGUCUCUAUACUACAAGAAUGUUAUUUUAGAGAAAAAUAAACAGAUUCCUUGGAAAUGCUAUAUAUAUAUAUUGCUAUAAAUCGAAACACAUUAUGGUUCACAACAUAUAUAGCUAAAAGAAUUUAAUUUGACCAAAAAGAAAAGCUAAAACAAUUUAUGAUAUUCAAUCGUUAAAUCAACAAUCGUCCGAACUUAUCUGUCUGAUAACUAUGUGACAUCUCACAUGAUACCAGGGACUGAUCUUCUAUUAUAUAUCUUAUUUGUCAAAUUGGGUACACUUUCCUACGACAUCCUCAAUUUCUCAAAUACAAAAGCCCCCAUAAAACUCAUAUUUAUCACUUCAAAUUUUUGGAUCUCCGCCGGAAGUUUAACUGGAAACAAAAAUGCUUUUAACUUAAAUAAAUUUUCAUCACCAGUACAUCACCAUAUUUAUCUUAGUUGUUAUCUUAUUUGCAAGAUACUUUUAACUUAUUUGAUUGAUUUUUGUUUUGCAGUAUUUCUUUUCUCAAGACUAACAUAAUUUAUAAAAACGUAAAACAUAUAGAAUUUGAUUAUAUAUCUAUCUUUAAUUUUUUUGCAUUUAUAAUAUCAUUAUUGAUGGAUCUCAAGAUUUAUUUAGAAAUAGAGUUUUGGUUACAUGUAUAAAAAUUUUCAGAAAACAUAUAGAUUGAUGAUUAUAUAUAAAAGUAUACAUAUUUGAUUGAUAAUGUGAUUAAAAUACAGCCAUGGAAUACAUAAGAUAUUUAAGAACAAGAGAGUGCAAAGAUAUCGAGACUAUAAAUUUGUUAUUCAAGAAUUCAGAUCUUUACUUCUUGUUCUUGGUUCUUCUUUUAUAUGUUUUCAAAAGUGAAUUGUAACGGUAAUGAAUUUUGGCGAGGAACACAUGUUAUAUGUCAUCUUCAAUUUUAUUUCUGUUAUCCUUUGGUUUGAUUAUUCAGCUCGACAUGGAUUAUCUUCUAGUUCAUAGGGACCUUAAUAACCAUUGUGAGCAUGUUAUCUUCUCAAAAGUCUUAGAAACACUAGACCGAAUUCUUAAACCGGAUUUGGAGUAGGAUAAAACCCUCCUCCAACAACUAUCAUUGAUCCAUCUACCACCACUGUAUAUCUAACGGAAGCUCUUCUCCUACCAUCUAUCUACAAAUGAAACAAAUUGAAACUCUGCAUUCUAAAGAAAUUAAUGGAGAAUUUUAGUUAAGGGCUUAUUUGUUAAAUAGACAAAAACAGUAAAAUUAGAUUUUGAAAGAAAGAAUAGAGAGAGAUCGGAAGAGAAAGUAGGAGAGAGGAAAUUUUUUAGUUAGUUAGUAAAUUUUGUUUUUUUAUGUCUAUUGGAUGCAAUUUCUCUUUAGUUAAAACAUAAUCAUAGAAAUCCAUUGAAUAGAGGACGAUGACUACCAGAGUAGAGUCUAGCUAUAGCUAAAGUUUUGAAGAAAUCCAAUAACCUGAUCUUAGUCAGUUUUACUAACAUAAUCGUGGGAUCAUCAUUAACCACAUCAGGCUGUGCAGGUAUCGAACGUGUGAUGGCGAUGUGGUGGAAGUAAAAGAACAAGGCCACGCGCGAAUGAGCAGGGUCGCGUGAGAUUCAGAGUUCUAGGGCAUAGAUACGGAUAAAGACAGAGGUUUAUAGCAGUAGCAUUAUAUUGGAAGAGAACAAAUAAAAAUCAAAAACUGAGCCUCGUGAUCGGAGAUUUUUUUGCAGUGAUGACUGUACUCUCUCCCCCUUGUCACGUGGGCUAAAUUUUGACCACCCUUCUUCAGUGACCUUCAACAAACAUCACAUCACUCUCUCCUCCUUCUAUUUUUUUUUUGCAUGGUUUAAUUCUAGAGCUCUUAAUUCUACUCCACAUAAACCGAUAAUUUCAAAUCCUUCUUUACAAAUUAUAAACGUGUAUAGAUCUAGUAAAUAUUCGUGUGUGAGUGGCAUAAUAUUAAUUUCCUUAAAUAGCAAUAACGUAUUAACAAGAAUUUGCACGUGUGCUGGUCCAAAAGUUUUAUGUUUUUCAUCCGAUUGACCCCACAUAUCAUUUAUUAAUAACAUACUUAAACAUUUCAAUCUCUAGUUUUCGGAAGCACAUAAAUGAAUGAUUUCAUUUUAGUAAUAUAUUUCCAAAUGUGUUCAUCUUAUAUUUAGCAUCUUUAUACGAAGUUUGGCAUGGCAUCCAUCAACCAGCUGACCAAUAUUUUUUUUUACUCGAUGGUUUCGAUUACUUUACUUUCGUGUUUAUUUAUUGUGUUUUGUUCAAACAAAGAUAAUAUACAUUGUUGCAUUUUUUUAUAUUAUUACAACAGGAGAGUAUCGAAUAAAAAAAUAUAAAUAAUAUGGAAUUAAAGUUGAUGAAGAAAAAGAAAACAUCAAUUCCUUAAUGUCCAGGGUGAAUUAUCCAACCAUACUAGAACACCACUAGUUACUUUUGUGUUAUAUUUUUAAUAAUGUUUGACGUCAUGUCAUCUUUGUAUCUUAUGAUCUUUUUUUUGUAAAGGCUAAUCCCUCCUUAAGGAAUGUCAAUUGUUUUUAAACCUGAAUAUAGCAAAAAAAACUAAUUAACUCGAAAUAUGUCUAUUUUGAGUCAUUUAAUUAUCAACGCUCACAUAGAUUACAUGUAGAGGAAGCAUGUGCUAUAUAAGUGGAAAAUAUAGAUAGUGAUUAAAAUAUAACUCGGCUAUCUGAGAGUAUGAUUAAUGGAGAACUUUUAAAAUGAAGUUUUUAGUAGAAUUUAAGAGUUGGUUCUUAAUUUUUUUAGUUAGAAAUUAACCGUUCUUAUAUUCGUUAAGAACCUCCCAUUAAUCAUGUUCUGAAUAACAAAAAUUAAAAGCAAGUGAACCCCCUUAGAGUAAAUGAUUUAUAGUAAUAUUACUUCGUAAGAAGCUAGUCCCUACAUAUUCUGUUGAUUUUAAUUAUUCGUUUACUAAAGACCUGCAUAUACACCUCUAAUUCUAAAAUUUAUAUAUAGGUGUGUGUCCUCUUCUCCGUUCUGCACUUCAACGAGAACUUACUACUUGGAUUGAUCUCUUCAUAUUUUCUUUAACUUCUUUUAGUUUACACUUAGGGUUUUCAAAGUUGGAGAGAGUGUGUGUGUGUGUGUGUUGAGAGAGAUGAUGCAUACUCCGUACAAUACUUCAACACAGGGGCAAUAUUGUCAUUAUUGCGCAAUGUUCCACCACCACAGCCAAAGCUGCUGCUACAACAACAACAACAACUCAAACGCCGGCGUUUACGAGCAGAACGGCGAAGAUUAUUACUCUUCCUCCGUCGUUGACUGCACUCUAUCUCUUGGCACUCCUUCCACACGUCUCUGCGAGGAGGAUGAGAAACGCAAACGCACUACUUCCUAUGGUCCUUCCUCUUGCAUUUCCAACUUCUUGGACUUGAUUCACACCAAAAACAACAACUCCAAUACGAAGCCGUCUUUUGACUUCCCUUCUUUCUCCACUGGUAAUCCCAUCAAGCCAACACGCGGUUGCCCCAGCGGUAACGGCGGUGGCGACUCUCUCCUCGCCCGACGCUGUGCCAAUUGUGACACCACUUCAACUCCACUCUGGAGAAAUGGUCCUAGAGGCCCUAAGUCCCUAUGCAACGCAUGCGGCAUUCGUUUCAAGAAGGAAGAGAGAAGAACCACGACGGCUUCAGGGAAUGCCGUCGUUGGAGCCUCACCUAUAGCAGGCGAUCCGUACGGACAUCACAACGCCAGCUACAACAAUUACAACAUUACCACUAGUCACAACAACAGUGGUACUUCGUGGGCUCAGCACACAACGCAGAGGGCUCCGUGCAACUAUCCGGCAAACGAGAUCAGGUUCAUGGAUGAUUACAGCAGCACUGGAGCUGAUAAUAACGGUGACUCUGACGGUAGCCACGGCGGCGUUCCGUUUCUUUCGUGGAGGCUAAAUGUGGCAGAUAGGGCAAGUCUUGUCCAUGACUUUACGAGAUGAAAAAGAAAGAGAAAUUGACGUUAGAUUCUUAAAAUAUCCAUGUAGUUUAAUUAUUUGUUAUGUCUAGGUUUCUUAAAAAACGAAGAAAAUGUUUGAAAAAGAAGUGUAUAUCGCGAGACGAUGUUGAUGGUAUUGAUAGUGUGACGAUGAUCUAACUUAUGGUUUAUCUAUUUUACACCAUUCUCUAUUGCAGAUUGACGGAUAUAAACCUACUUAUGGAAAUUUAUCUAUCUCUUUAGUCCUUUUUAUUGUACGUUGGAAUAUAUAAACCCUAAUCUUUGUUUAACUCCAAACUGAAUAUUACAUUCAUGUAAAUCAAUCAUGAUUCAUGAGUGUUAGUACAAAAGUGAUGUACAUGAAAGAAAACGCAGACCAAAAAAUGUAGACAUAGGAUAUAACUCUUUUAAUGUAUACAGUUUUGUGGUUAAAACGGAGAAGUUUCAGUUUCACCUGACUCCCUGAAUUUCACAACUGAGACUUUAAUUAUUAUUGUGUUCAUUUAAUUGGUUGGAAUAAGAAAAUUAAAUGAGAAAAUAAAACAUUGAGUGUCAGCUGAAUGGUAGUGAAGAUUGAAAUCUGAUCGUCGAAUUAAGAGAUUAGAUUCUGAUCGUACCAAUGUGGGAUGACUCAUGUCUGUGGUUCUGUUUGGAUCAGAGCAUUGUAGUGAUUUAAUGAACUUAUUUUUGUCGUAUUAUGCUCUGUUCUCUCCUCCUUUAUAUUUUGACCGUCGUUUUGUCCUUUUCUAAUUACAUCAUCUUGACCUUUUGCUCGUGUCAAUAUGCGCUCAACAGAAUAUCUUCUUUCUUUUUAUUAUAUAAGUUUUCCGAUUUUACCGAACCGAUUCUGCAACAUUGUUUGUACUAAUUCUACCAGCUUUUAAUCUUACUCUGCACGAUGACACAAAAAUCUCACUAUGAUAUUAUAUUUUUCUCUCUAGUCGUCGUCGACAGAUAUUCAACUUUAUUCAGCGUCCACCAUGUGAAAUGAUAUUUUACUUCUACGUGUGUGAUCAUAAACUUUUAAGUUAUUGAAAGCCGUAACGAUUUGGUUUUUAUUAGUCACGAGAAUACUCUAAAAAGUGGACAGUAGAGUAUGUAAGGGAAUGGUUGCAUAUGAAGCGGAAUAGAGAAUCAAACAACUCAAUACGUCAUAGUAUGCAUAUCAGAUGCUCAUCAGGGCUAGGCUGGAUAAUGCGUGAUCAUAAUGGGAAGUCCAUUGAUGGUGGUAUGAGGCAAUUUCAUGGAAGAUUUACAUCAGAAGAAUCAUAAUGUUCGGCACUGAUCUGGACACUCCGGGCAUCAUGGUCUUUGGGCUAUGAUCUAGUUGAGUUCAAAUGUGAUAAUUUUAUUCUUAACUGGAUAUUUGACGGAGGUCCUACCAACUUAAAACUGCAACACUAUACAUAGACAAAACUGAACCUCCUCGUAUUCGAGUAUAGUUAUAGAAUUGUAGAAUACGAACAAUGAAAGGCGAUAAUUUCACUAUAUCAGUGGUCUUUGAUUCAUACCUCCCUAUCAAUUUAGAAACUCGAUGACUGCCGUUUUAUGCAUCAAUAAAAUAAAAAGUUUUGGUUGGCAAAAAAUAGUUUGUGUGAUUGGGCUAAAAUGUGCCCAAUUAAGAAUUUGAUCGGGUUAUCAGUUAUCACUAACGACGAAACUAACAUAUUGCAAUUUGCAACUGAACCGAAAAAUGUAUUAUUGGGUUAAUUAGGCGCCAAUCGAUAUUAUUGCAUGAGGCCCAACUAAGUUUCGGGCUAAAUGAUAAAUUUGUCGGUUUAUAGAUAAUUGCUAAUGACUAAUAUUGCCAAUGUAAUGAGGUUGACGAUCAUCACCGGACCAAUGACCAAUUUUGCCAUCUCCAUGUCCUUCCAUUAAAAACUUUAGGGUAUUCCAUUGAUAAAUUCUUAAUAUAAAAUAAUAUUAAUAUUUAAAUUUUAAGUAUGACUAUAAAAAUUAUGUUAGUAUUCUAAUUAUGAAUAUCGAGUGUAUUACAUCAUCCUAUCCACAAAGAUAUAUUUUUCAUUUGUUCACACAUAAAAAAAAAUUUAAUUUGUAUUAUAAAUACCUCAUUUUCAAUAAGAAUAAACCAAAAACACUUCAAUAAACUCAAUUUGUUAAUUUACAAUUUAGAAUUACUAAAUAAUAUAAAUUAAUAAAAACACAAAUUAAUAUAAUAAA